GGGAGCUACUUUACUAACUUCAUUGUCAAUAGCUAGCAGGCUCUUCUUCUUCUUCUUCUUCUUCCUCCUGCUCCUGCUCCUCCUCCUCCUCCUUGAGCAGGCCUCUGUUGCCAUGCGUGCAUGACAAAUUGAUUAGCUAUAUACUUAGUUGGUCCCUACCCAUACAGAUCCAUCCACCACAGACAAGAUUAGGUAGGUAGAUAGAUAGCUAGGAUGCAGCAGCAGGCAAGGGCAAGGGCAGCGGCAGGGGAGGACAGCAGCAGCAGCAGCCUGCACACGGUGAACGCGGCCGCCGUCGUUCUGGCCGCCGCCGCGCAGAGCAGCACCGGCCUCGGCCUGCGCCCCAACCACCAUCAUCUCCACGACCACGACCACGACCUCUCCGCCGCCGCUACGAAGAAACGGUGGUGGUCGCGGCUGUCGUCCACGCUCUGCUUCCGCCCGCACUUCCACGCCCACCCGCGCCGCGUCAUCGCCGCAGCCUACGCCGACGACGGGGACACACCGCCACGCCCGCUCGCCGCAGCAUCCCACACAGCAUCGGCGUCGGCCUACGUGCACCAGGCCCCGCCUGCCCACCCGGUCUUCGCCUUCGCCGCGCCGCCCUCGUCGCCGGCCUCCUCGCUCUUCCAGUCGGAGGCGCCCUCACCAGUCCUCCUGGACCUCCACGGGACCGCGGGCAGCUCGCCCGGCAUGUUCGCCGUGGGGCCCUACGCGCGCGGGCCGCAGCAGCUGGUGUCGCCGCCGGUGCUCUACUCCGCGCUCACCACCGAGCCCUCCACCGCGCCGCGCACGCCCCCGGCCACCACGGGGCCGUCCUCCCCCGAGGUCCCCUUCGCGCGCUUCGUCGACGACGGAGGCCACGAGCUGCUGUUCCACCACGCGGCCUACCAGCUGCGGCAGCAGGGCAGACCCCUCGUCUCGCCGGGACCGGAGCCGGGGUCCCCUUCCUCGUCGCCGCGGCUGUUCCGGAAGCUGCACCGGCGCAGCGAGCAGGGCUCGCUUCUCGACGGCCACGUCCCCGUCGCCUCCUCGUGUCAAGGCGCCGACGCCAGGGGCAUAGACGAUGAUGAGGAGGAGGAGGAGGUGCCCGAUAGCGCCGGGGAGUUCGUGUUCGGCAAUGCCGACGGCCGUGGCGCCGCGCCGGAGGAGGAGAUAGUAGAAGGCAAGAACUGGCAUUUCUUCCCCAUGGCCACGGGUGAGCAGCACCCUAAUAAGAUACUAUGAGCCCAAUACCUCUGCUCCGUCUCACCAUCAACUAGGAAACGAUUCUGACAGUGUAUGUAGUUCAUCAGCCUUCUUCAGCAACACAAAACAGAUGUAGGAAGAAAACACAGACUGGUACCAAAGUUUCGACUACACAAUUUCUGUGCAUGUAUGUAUACAAGCUAAACUUUGAUGGAUAAUCCUGGUGACAAGAAGCUAACUAAUGUUGGUCAUCCCCCUA